UAUUUAAAAGUUCUUCUGGCCCAAAAAUGCUUGUACACUUUGUCAACUAUAAAUUGUUUGUAUUUAUUUCUAUUUUAGUUAGAGUUUGAAUAAUCCCCUCAAAAUACACUGCAUGUAGGUGGGGCUUGUUGCCACGGCGACACUUAAACACAAACGGGUUGUGAUUUGUUUCAGAUCUCUCUCUCUCUCCCUUUCCGUGACUCUGCUAGAAGCUGGCUUUUGUGGAUUCACAGGACUUACGUCGCCGCAUCAUGGCCUUCUUUGGUGUCACACUCCUGGGUUACCAAAACCCAAUAGGCGAUAAAUUGAUUGUGAAUCUUACAGAGGCGUCUCAUCUUCGGGUAACAACUCUCAGCACAGAUGGCGGGGACCUGAGAUCAGGACGGCCUCCAUGUCUUCAAGAACGUCAGGGACCCCUCAGAGGUGAAGACACGUGCAACCAGCCUCUUCUCUACAGCGCUGACAUACACCACGGGAGCCAGAGGCGGUACAAAGAGAUGCUCAAACUGGGGCAAAUACCCAGAUGCCUGUGUCUCCUCUCUCGCCCAGCCCCCGACCAGCUGUACACCAUGCCUCUAACGGACAGCCAGCAGUAUGGAUGGAUGAUGUCCAGGAGUCCCGAACCCUGGACCCAAGUCAAACGGUUUCCCCGGAAGUACUGUGAGAUGACAAAGUAUGUUAAAGAAAUGUUGGCAGCAGACCGGGAGAGGAGCCUAUUCUGACAGCUUUUCGUCUUUACACACACCAGAAGCCGUGUUGAUGUGAAGUUCUCAGAUUAAACUGGUUUGACAUUCACUUUA